AUGUCCAUAUAUCCGCUUAAUCUCCCACCUAUCAUGCCGAAGAAAAUCAUCGAAGUGACAACCCUGGAUCAAGCACAAAAACAAAAAUUUAGAUUUGUACAUUCGGAUACUAAGGCAGAUAUCAGAGACGAGCUCGCAAAAGAAUUCAAUAUGGAUAGAUUCUCUUUAGUGGAUCCCGAUGGUAACAUCAUCACCGGAACUUUCGAUUCCUUGGAAGACACCAAGAGCUAUACUAUUGUUGAUCGUACGAGAAUGCACAUGCCGGUUAGUAGUACUUUUGCGGAAACUGAAACUACAACACAAUCUGUAAAAAGAGAGGUUGAGGAUGAAGCUAAUCCUCGACAGGGGAAAAGAAAACCGUCCUGGAUGGAAAUAGGACGUCGACACAUACCUUUUGCAAAAAAAAGAGCUAGAACAUCCAGUACUACUACAUCAGAUUUUUCAAAUCCCUCCAGAUCUAACACAUCAAACAGUGCCAACUCGGAACCCCGAAGAGUUACAUCGCCUACGAGCACCUUCAAUCAGACAGAACAAUCUAGUACGUCAAUGCAGCCGCAAAUUGAGAGUAGCAAUAGCAGCGGCGGCAGGGUUUCAAGACAGCAACACGUAUGCGAGAAAUGCAGAAAGUCGAAGAAGAAAUGUGAUCGCGGGAGGCCUUGUGAAAGAUGCAAAAAAUCAGGCGCCGAAUGCACUUAUCCAAGUAACGAAUAA